UGGCACCAGACCACCAUAUGAAGCACAAUUACCAACAAUAGAAUUGUGAGGAUGAUGUCUCCUGUUAUUUUCAUCUUUUCUCUCCUUGUUUUCUCCUGCCAUGCUGCAGUGCAGGACUUCUGUGUGGGUGACCUCACAGCUCCGGAAAGCCCUGCAGGCUACUCUUGCAAGAAGCCUGCAAUGGUGACGGUGGCUGAUUUUGUUUACUCCGGCCUAGGCGUUGCCGGAAACACCUCAAAUAUUAUUAAAGCUGCAGUCACCCCGGCGUUUGCGGCGCAGUUUCCUGGUGUGAACGGGCUUGGAAUAUCUUUGGCUCGUCUGGACUUGGCGGCUGGUGGAGUUGUGCCAUUCCACACACAUCCUGGUGGUUCAGAAGUCCUACUUGUCGUUCAAGGGUCAAUCACCGCUGGUUUUGUUUCCACCGCUAAUAAAGUUUACUUAAAAACUCUGAAGACGGGUGACAUCAUGGUUUUCCCUCAAGGAUUACUUCACUUCCAAGUUAAUGCAGGAGGAACUAUUGCCAAAGCAUAUGCUAGCUUCGGUAGCGCAAGCCCAGGUCUCCAGAUUGUGGACUACGCUUUGUUUGCAAACGAUUUACCCACUCCAUUGGUAGCAGCAACUACUUUUCUUGACAUUGCUCAGAUUAAGAAGCUUAAGGGCGUUCUUGGGGGCACUAACUAAUUAAGCUCUCCCAAUAAUGAUCCCUUUGUUGUGAUUGAGAGUAGGAUUCUUCGAUCUAGUCAGUAGUUGUUUAAUUGUUUUCUUGGUUUAGUAAUGAAAGAGUCUUUGUAUUGUUUCUUCAAGUUUGAAUUGUAAUUGUAUGCUUAAUUAUUGAGUGCCUUCUGACUUUUAAAGCAAGGUUUCUGUAUUUCUGUCAGAGAAAAAUGCCUUUGAUAAUUGAGCAAGAUGAAUAAAUGCACCAUCUGUGUUUUGUGUUA